AUGGACUCCCACCUGAGGCGCAAGGACACCACCAAAGGUCCGCCCCUGCGCAUCUUAUCACUAGAUGGUGGAGGUGUUCGCGGCUAUUCCAUGUUCCUGAUCCUGCAGGAGCUGAUGCACCGGACGUUCGUCGAAAUCGAAGGUCGGGCCCCCAAACGAUCCGAGAUACCUAAGCCAUGCGAUCAUUUUGACCUCAUUGUUGGCACUGGCACCGGUGGCCUCAUCGCCUUGAUGCUUGGCAGGCUGCGUCUGGAUAUCGAGACAUGCAAGGAACUGUAUGUGCGCCUGACGCGCAUGGUGUUUGAGACGGACAAGACCAUCGCUGGGAUUCCCUAUAGGUCCACGCUGUUCAAGGCGACCAAGCUGGAGGAGGCAAUCAAGGAGUGUGUCAGGGAGCAUACGGUGUAUGAACGAGAGGGCAACGACCUGUCUGAAACGAGCAGCACGUAUCCCAUGUCCACUGCCUCGCGAUCGAGCGCUGCCUAUCCGAGAAGGCAUUCGAGCAACGCGAGUGUGAUCAGCUUCAGCGCCAAGAGCCCAACAUCGCAGGCAGCAAGGCCCACCAUCUCCUCACGCUGGGGCAAUCCCAACGCCCGCUUGUAUGACGAGAGGGAGAACAGGACCAAGACUGCCAUUACAGCUGUAUAUCGAGGUACCCAACGAGGCGGCGCUCCGGCGCUUUUGCGAUCCUACGAUUCCAGAAAGGAGCCCGCUCCCGAGUUUGACUGCAAGAUUUGGCAAGCUGGGAGAGCAACCUGCGCCAUCGGUUUGGCUUUCAAGCCGAUUCAGAUCGGUCACUCGGUUUUCCACGACGAUGGCGCUGGUACCUUCAACCCUUCCAUCACUGCUCUGGACGAGGCAGUGGUGAAUGAGUGGCCCGGCCGUGAGGUCGGCGUAUUUGUCAGCGUCGGAACGGGAAAGCGGCCAAAGAGCAGUGAUACAAACUCGACCUUGUGGUACGAGGGCUUCAUGGGGGAGUUUGCCGAGGCCAGGAGGAGGUUGAUAGCCAAGAUUGAGGGCUGUGAGAAGAUUCAUGAGCUCAUGAAAAAGGAACACCUGCCCAAGCGGGGUGUCAACAUUGAGCAUUAUUACCGGCUCAAUGUGGAGGUGGGCGUGGGAGAGUUUGGCAUGAAUGAGUGGAACCGGCUGGCCGAAAUCAGUACCAAUACCCGGCGCUAUUUGGCGAGGGAGGAGGAGCAGAAGAUGGUACAGGGAGCGUCAUCGAAGCUGGCCAAGAUUCACUUCGCCAAGUUGCGGUGGGAGCGUCUCGGAUCCAUGAGUGCCGCAGAGCAAGAAAAGAAGUUGCCGGAAAUCUCGAUGCCUCUGGCUGUUGAGUUGCCAGGCGAUAUUCCUGUCUUCCCUCCUCGCACACCACCCAGUCGACAGUCGUACGAGUCUGGAAGCGACAUGCUUCCAAGGCCCGGUGUCAGCACGCCGUCCCCCAGAAGUUCAGGCGAGCGGUUCCCGCCUUCGCCGCUGGGCAUCACGCAGCCGUACUCGAGCGCCCCUACUCUAGCCCCUCCGCCGCCUCCCCAAGGUGGUCGCCCGGCUAAGCCUCAGAACAAUGACGACGCAGACCGGCUGACGGUGAAUGCUCCGACGCCCUCGCAGUACCGAACGGCGUCAGGCUCAGACAAGAUUGCUAUUGUGAGCGCGGAUGACUACCCUCGACGGUACCAAGAGCUUCCAUCACAGCAGCAGCCAUUACCAGAACGUGAUGGACCUCCCCCCUUACCUCCCAAAACACCGCUUCCCGAGAGGCAACAUUCAACCUCUGGGCGAGGAGCUGCUCCUGCGCUGCCUUAUCCCCUGGAUGAAGAUGCACCGCCGGCUGUGAACCUGGCCAGGAAACCAAACUAUGUGGCCAGAUAA